AUGGCGAAUCAAAGUUUAAAACGUAAACUGGAUUCAUCAACUGAAACUAGCUCAGUGCCAAGUCGCUCUCAAAUAUUAAAUGAAAAAUUAUCUCGUCGCCCUGAUCGUCAUCAAUUAAUUGAACAAGGAAUAUUGCAUGAUUCACAAUGUGCACCAAGUCUUCAACACGUUGAACAUGCUCUUAAACGAGCUCGGCUUGCAGAUGAAUUAAAUAUUCACCUUUUAAAUCGUCCUGGUCCUUUAGAUUUAAUUCAACAUAAUAUUCUUCAUCUUGAUAAAAAUGAAUAUCCAAAUUUAGAACAAGCAAUUCAAGGUGGUCAAAUUCCAUUUAAACCUACUUCAUUACCUCGGCGUCCACUUAUAUUUCAUGAAUAUACUGGUUCACCAUCAUCAUGCAAACCAAAAGUAACAAGAAUCGAUUCACUUUCAUCGAGUUCUAAUGUUCAUCAAAUACGAUUAGCACAACAGCAACUUCUUCUUGAAUUAACAUCAAAUGAACAACAAUCAUCACUGCCAUCCUCAUUAGUCAAUAGAAAACCACUUGAACAAAUGACACUGGUCGAACUUCGGGAUGUCUGUAAACAUUACCAAAUUCCAUCGUCACAUGCCAAUAAAACAAAAUUAAUCGAAAGAAUUAAACAAGCACAAAAUAAAAUUAAUAAUGAAGAUUUAUCAAUAUUAAAAGUAAAUAACAGUGAAUUAUCAAAUGCGGAUAUAAUUGCAUCAUUAGAAAUCUCGAAUGUAAAUGAAGACGAUGUUGAACCAUUAUCAUUAUCGGAAUUAGAUGAAAUUCUGAAAUAUUUUCCUAUGAAUUUAAUAGAUCGAGGAGGAGGAGAAGAAGAACAAUCAUCGAAUGUUUCUAUUGAUUUUGAUUUCCAAAAUCCACUAGUUGAUUCUCUAGCAAUGAAUAACGAUGAUUUAUUUGUACAAAUGUUACUUGAUAAUGAUUAUUUACCAUCGUCGUCACAAUCAACAACAGAACCAACGAUUGAUGAUUUAUUUUUCUUGGAUAAUUUGCCAACUUCAUCAUCAUCUUCAUCUUUGCCACGAAUAACAAGUGUCGAUGAGUUUGAUGCAUUUUUACGUGAUUUUACACUUAAUAUAUCGUCUCAUCAACACGAAGUUUCAACACCGAUUAGUUGA